GUAAUGGUAUACUUUCACGAUUUUAUGUACCAUUUAGAUAUUAGAUUUUCUUCUUUAUUAGAUUUUCUUCAGAUCCAAACAAUAUUUAAAACCUUUACGCCCGGAUUUCCCGAUUUCAAAGCUAACAUUUAUCUCAAUAAAAACUUGUUAGAAUAAUGAUUGAGGAAUGAAAAUUAAUGCAUAACGCCGACUAUUAAACACCUAGGUUACAUUUUGCUACACUCAGGUAAAUGACCAAGAUUUGUCCUAGUAGCUACGCGCACUUUGCACUCGUGUGGGUCAUCCAGACAUAAUUUUGCCCGCUGUAACGGUGUAUCAGUGCUUUGUGAAGGAAGUGCAUAACAAUUAGGACAAUAUGUCCCAUUAAUAUUUCUUAGUGUAUGUCGUGUACGCAUAACUCGAGGGAGGCGCCGAAACAAAAGUUCAGGGUUGUGCACUGUGAGUGCACCUCAGCUUGCUCCUUAUAUAUCCUGCAGCAUCUGCAGUCAAGAGUUCAGUCGCAGGUUGCACUUCAUCAAGGAAGGUUGACGUGUCUGCUGGCCAAACUUCUCCUGCGAUUUUGGCGGCACUGAAGCAAGCGCUGCCACCGAGGAGAUGUCUUUUUUGGGUUCAUCGCUGCCGCUCGUGAAAAGCUCAUCAAAUCAUAUAUUUCGUGAUGGCAUCAGUGGCUUCAGUUUUCCUACUGAUGGAAAAUCGGUGAGCAUCCCAUCGAGCCGCGCUCUCGCUGCCACCGAUCUGAUGUCUGUUUUGUCUACGGCGGAGCUGCUCUUAUCAAAAAUCACAUCAAAUAUUAUAUUUCCUGACGGCUUCAGUUUUCUUAUUGAUGGAAAAUCGGUGAACUUUCCCGUUAGUGUACACCCGGUGGUGAAAAUCGGUGAACGCUCAUCGAGCCGCGCUCUCGGUGGAGGUUCUUCUUCGACGAUUUUCUUCGACCCGAGAACAGAGCGAGAAACAGGAGAAGUGUUCAAAAUAUCGCCAGAUCAACUAUGGGAAACAAUGUUGCGUUGUGCAGAGGCAGACGGUGAAGAUUUGGGUGCUGUUGAUGUGUACAAAGUUCCUCUGGAGAGCAGCCAGAAGUCUCCAAUCGAAGGCAGCGUCUUCAGCCUUAUCUUCAAUGCUUUUCAUAUGUUUGUAACCAUACGCAUUGGGCGAGCUUAUCGGUCCUUUGAAAGGUAUGCAGAGGGCAUCUUGGUGCAAAGGAGUCUUCAGGCUGAUGCGGUUAUUAAGAAAUCAAUGAAAGAAGACCGUGUAAAGGGCUUCUCCGUCCUGCAGACACGACGUUCAGAGAGUCUUGGUGUUAGCAACGAGCUUGACACCGUAAAUGAUCUCAUCUCAGUGUUGAAGGAAGAGUUUAAGGCGAUAAUUAACAGUCCAUUCGAUGCCUUGCUCAACAACUGCCAGCAUUUCGUUCGGAAGAUCCUUCGCCAAAUGGGGUUCAAUUAUAAUAAUUGAUUAUUUCGGGCGUGACUUGGCCAUUCAACUUCUUAAAUAGACAAAGGUGUAGACGAUGCCCUGAUGUGUUUUUAUGGGUAAACUUAUGUUCAAAGAUAAUUUUUCCGAUAAUAUGAAACAUUCCGGAAUUUGAUUCCUAACAGCUUACGUAAUUCUAGAAAAUUUUUCGUUCCAAAUUUGAAGUGUUAGCUCUUCACGAAUUAUUUUAUGAUUGGUGUAUACCGAGACACUGAGUCAUAAACGCGACGAUAAUCGAAGAAUAACAUUUACGGCUUAAGACCUGUAUUAUUUGGCUACAAUGCAGUGAGAUGUUUGUAAUUUUUGCAAAUUUAAUGCUUCGAUUGUGACACCUAAAAAUAUAGCUAAGUACAUAUAUACCUAUAAGAUAUUAUUUACUUUUGUUUGUAUUCAUUAAUUUUACAACUGCCAAUUUCAACUAUUAUAGAUGUAAGAUUGGAACACGUCUUCAAAUAUUUAUCUCUGAGCAUUGA